AUGAAACAACUUCGACAAGAACAAAGUGCAAUGGCGACGAAAAAUAGAAGAUUAGAACAAGAGAAAGUCAACCAAGCCAACGGCAUGAAACAACUCCGACAAGAAAAAAAUGCAAUGGCGACGAAAAAUAGAAAAUUAGAACAAGAGAAAGUCAACCAAGCCAACAGAAUGAAGCAACUUCGACAAGAGAAAAGUGCAAUGGCGGUGCAGAUUCAACAAUAUAAACAUGACGAAAGUGAUAUGGCCGACGAAAUUAAGCAACUUCAAGACGAAAAUGCUACUCAGAAAAAUAUUAUGCAAAAGUUGGAACAAGAAAAAAACAACAUGAAGAUCGAAGUCCAACAACUUCAAGAUAUCACAAAGUCCAGCUUCAUAACAGAAAGUGGGACAGUAGUAGUAACAACUGGUGUUGAACUAGGAAAAGGUGCUUAUGGAAAAGUGUAUAAAGGAAAUUGUCACGGAACAGAAGUGGCAGUGAAGGAAUAUUUCCAAGUUGUUCUAAAUCCGCAUAACAUGAAACUGCUGGAACGAGAAAUUAACAUCGCUGCACAAUGUCGACAUCCAAAUUUGUUACAGUUUCUAUGCGCGACAAAAAAUGAUCAAAAAAAUUUGUUAAUCGUGACAGAGCUGAUGGACAUUUCUUUGCGCUCAUUACUCGAGGAACAAGCAAAAAAUGAGUCGCGGUUGGAUUAUCAGCAGAUUAAAUUAAUUUCCUUGGAUGUCGCACGUGGUCUCAACUACCUUCAUUCAAAGAAACCAAGCCCAAUAAUUCACCGUGAUGUCAGCAGUGCCAACGUGUUGUUAAUGAUCGAGAACAAUGCAGUAAGAAAAGCGAAGGUUUCGGAUUAUGGUUCAGCUAAUUUUAUGGAAGCCUGCAAUACAACAUUUCCAGGAUCAGUCGUUUAUGCCCCGCCAGAAGCCAGACAAGGUCAACAUAGCCCAAAGAUCGAUGUCUACUGCUUCGGUUUAUUGGUAUGUGAGACGGACACUUGUGAGCUUCCCGACCAAGCAGGAAUCCAGAAUCAAAUAAGAAGAAUUCAAAAUGCUGAGAUCAAAGAUUUGGUAAAACUUUGCACAGCAAAGGAACCGCGCCAAAGACCGACAAUGCAAGAAAUAAUUGAACAUUUGCAACAAGUGAUAUAA